CCACCUGCUCCUCCUUCAGCGCUCUCUGCGUCCAAAGCUGCUCCCCGACGGUGCAGCGCAGGAGCUGCACCGCUCCACUUCGCGGGCGCCCUCCCUCGGGGCUGAUUAUUAACCCGGAGGCGGUAUAAGGAGCGAGUGGCCUGGGCGGGAGGGACGCAUCGCCACCGCCGCCAUGGACACUACCACCUGGAGCCCCACGACCGACACUACCUCACCCCUUGCGCCACAUGAGCGCAUCCGCAAUGCGGCCGACAUCUCUGUCAUCGUUGUCUACUUUGUGGUGGUGAUGGCCGUCGGGCUGUGGGCUAUGUUUUCCACUAAUCGUGGGACUGUUGGAGGCUUCUUCCUGGCAGGACGAAGUAUGGUGUGGUGGCCGGUUGGAGCAUCUCUCUUUGCCAGUAACAUUGGAAGUGGCCACUUUGUGGGGCUGGCGGGGACAGGAGCUGCAGCAGGCAUCGCCACUGGGGGCUUUGAAUGGAAUGCCCUGAUUUGGGUGGUUGUCUUAGGCUGGGUGUUUGUUCCCAUUUACAUUAAGGCUGGGGUGGUGACGAUGCCAGAGUACCUGAGGAAGCGAUUUGGAGGCAAGAGGAUCCAGAUCUACCUCUCUAUUCUGUCCCUGUUACUCUACAUUUUCACCAAGAUCUCGGCAGACAUCUUCUCUGGGGCCAUAUUCAUCAACAUGGCCUUGGGUCUGGAUCUGUAUUUGGCCAUCUUUCUUUUAUUGGCAAUCACUGGUCUUUAUACGAUCACAGGGGGCCUGGCAGCUGUGAUUUACACGGACACCUUGCAGACAGUGAUCAUGCUGGUGGGGUCUUUUAUCUUGACCGGGUUUGCUUUUCAUGAAGUGGGAGGGUAUGAUAACUUCAUGAUAAAGUACAUGAAAGCCAUUCCAACUGUGAUUUCUGAUGGAAACAUCACCAUCAAGAAAGAAUGUUAUACACCGAGAGCUGACUCUUUCCACAUCUUCCGAGACCCCCUCACUGGAGACCUGCCAUGGCCUGGGCUCAUCUUUGGGUUGUCCAUCCUUGCCCUGUGGUACUGGUGCACAGAUCAGGUCAUUGUGCAACGCUGCCUCUCAGCCAAAAACAUGUCUCACGUGAAGGCCGGCUGUGUCAUGUGUGGGUACCUGAAGCUGCUGCCUAUGUUCCUCAUGGUGAUGCCGGGAAUGAUCAGCCGCAUCCUGUACACAGAAAAAGUUGCCUGCACCGUCCCCUCGGAAUGUAAGAAAUAUUGUGGCACUGAAGUUGGCUGUACCAACAUGGCUUACCCGACCUUGGUGGUGGAGCUCAUGCCCAAUGGACUGCGAGGCCUGAUGCUGUCAGUCAUGUUGGCUUCUCUCAUGAGCUCCCUAACUUCCAUCUUCAAUAGUGCCAGCACCCUCUUUACCAUGGACAUCUACACCAAGAUCCGAAAACGAGCAUCUGAAAAAGAACUCAUGAUUGCAGGAAGGUUGUUCAUCUUGGUGCUGACUGGCAUCAGCAUUGCCUGGGUGCCCAUUGUGCAGUCAGCGCAAAGUGGGCAGCUCUUUGAUUACAUCCAGUCCAUUACCAGUUACUUGGGACCGCCCAUUGCAGCUGUCUUCCUGCUUGCUAUUUUCUGCAAGAGAGUCAAUGAACAGGGAGCCUUUUGGGGACUGAUCAUAGGAUUUCUGAUUGGGGUGUCCCGUAUGGUGGCUGAAUUUUCCUAUGGAACUGGGAGCUGCAUGAAGCCCAGCAACUGUCCCAAAAUUAUCUGUGGUGUGCACUACCUGUAUUUUGCCAUCAUCCUUUUUGUCAUUUCUAUCAUCAUCAUUGUGGUUGUGUCUCUCUUCACCAAGCCCAUUCCAGAUGUGCAUCUCUAUCGUCUGUGUUGGAGCCUGCGCAACAGCAAAGAGGAACGUAUUGACUUGGAUGCAGGAGAGGAGGACAUCCAAGAAACCCCAGAGGAGACCAUUGAAAUAGAAGUUCCUGAGGAGAAAAAAGGAUGUUUCAGGCGAGCCUAUGACCUGUUUUGUGGCCUGGACCAACAGAAGGGCCCCAAGAUGACAAAGGAAGAGGAGGCGGCAAUGAAGCUGAAGAUGACAGACACUUCUGAGAAGCCUUUGUGGAGAACAAUAGUUAAUAUCAAUGGCAUCAUCCUGCUUGCCGUGGCUGUUUUCUGCCAUGCAUUUUUUGCCUGAGCCUUGCCUUCUGCUAUAGGCCGUGUUUGGGAAGGCCAGACUUUUACUCUGCCUCCUUUAGUACCAUUCUGUGGUAUUAAAGUAAACCAGCCAGUUGUAAAUUUUGCCCAAAUGAUAAAUGUGUACAGGUGUAAUUGCAGGUUAGCUGAAGAAAAAUCAUUACUUUGCUCUUAACUUAUGUUAUUUGAGGCCAGUGUGAUAUUGUCAGCUGUACAUAUUAGAGCUGCAGAAGGAAAGUCCAACUCAGUCAUGUCCAGGAAAAGAUGGACUAAGAAAGAGAAGCUCUGCAAUGUCUGAUGCAAAUUUGUCUCAGGUAGAUUCAGUGUGUCAAUGUUGUGAUCCUUGAAUAUUAUUACUUUAAGAGCUGUGGUCUCCCUGGUUCAUGCCACUUUCCCUAUAUGACCUUCCCCUCAUUUUUUUUUCCUUUUUUUUCUCCUCAUUUUUUUUUUAAGAGAAAAAUUUGCCCUCUCACAUCCCUGUCAAGUUUUUUCUUGGCACAAGGAAAUCAAUCUGAUAAACUGAUGAAUGCAUGGAAGCUGAAGCUGGGAGCUUGAUCAAGUCCCUGCCCUUGGUGUUUUCUCUUUGAAGGGAAAGCUUAGGGAUGGCAGGACUUACCCCAAAGGGAAAGACCCAGGAACUAGUCUCAGGCAUGUGGGGAAAGUGGAUAAUCUUGAGUCAAGGGAUUUUCUGGGUUUUUUUUUUUUUUUUUUUAAGAUGUGCAUUGUGAGUUCCUCAUGUUUGAGAUUUGACUUAUUUUGUCAUUUCCUGUAUCUGGAAUGUCUUAGGCACUCAGUAAUGCUUAUGGACUGAAUGGAUGAUUUGGGAAUUUAUUUAUAAAUACUUGCUUUAUUUUUAUGUAAGCCUGGCCCUUGGUUAAACAUUGUGUGUGUGUGUGUGUGUGUGUGUGUGUGUGUGUGUGGCUGCACAAAGUACACACUCUGAUGACUUUCAUCAAUUGGAAUGCAUUUUCCAGAGGCCACUCUUCCUUAUGGUGCAGAUGUUGACAUAUGAGCUUAGAAGCUGAUCUAUGUCACAGAGCAAUUAUACCUUUUGGGACAUCCGUCAUCUCAAAUAAGCCACACUCUCUUGAAACAUGUAAACAAUUAACCCAAUAUUCUCUUCCCCAUGAGUAAAUGUGACCACAGCCCUUCUUUUUUGGGGUGUCUUGGUUGGUGAUCAUCCACUGACCAAAGUUAGGGUAGGUGGUCUCUGUCCUGAGUGGUAGCACUCAACACUUUUAGCUGACAGGAGUGUAUUUCUUGUUGAACCUGUUUCCUAGGGAGAAGUGUUUAAAAUGUAAUUUAAAUAUAAUUAAUUAAAUUUAAUUAUUUUAGUCCCACCUGUGAAAUCUCAAUUAUGUUGUAGUAUGUACUCUUUGAAAGUUAAGAAAAAUCAUGAUGUCAGUAUUGCCUGAUUUCAAACUAGCUUAGGAAAGAGCUGGGAUCUGAGGUGCUGUGGAACUGAGGUGCUGUGGAACAGCUCCUACGUGUAAAAAUGGUUCAACAGGCAAAGGGAUAUCUUGUUCUUGUGGAAGGAAGGGCACUAUUUGAUGCACCCUCAUAUUGCCUUUAAGUGAGGCAGAGAAGAGGGGAACAUGGGGAAUUUCACAUGUCUGGCAUUACCCAGCAGACUCAGUUUCAUAUGGAGUUUGUGGUAUGAUGAUAAAGGGAUAUAAAGGGAGAGGAUUGGGAUGAUAAAGGGAGAGGAUUGAAAGCUAGUGGAUGAAGUGGGCACAACGUAUCUAGUUUGUCCUAGAUUCAGUUUCUGGCAUUGUCAAUGAUUCACUGUGUAUAUUGUGAUAAAUUAUUUUGUCUUAACUGUGUAUUUUUCUGUUUGAAAAAUGGGGACCUUGGUGCUUAUAGCAUCUACCUACCUCCUCUGGGUGUGACUAGGUCACUUUGUAAAGGGGAUGACAGAUACAUACAUGAAAGAUACCAAGCAGAUGUUAUAUUAAACAACAUUUGUCCCAUAAAUUAAAAUGUAUUACUUUGAUAAUAAUACAAACAUAAAAAAACUGUAA